AUGUCUGGUCCUCACAGUCUUCACAAUGCGCUUCUGCGCCCUCCAAUAAUCCAGAUUCUACGUGCCGCAGGCUACCACUCUACACGGCCCUCGGUCCUUGAUACCUUGGCUGAUUUGACAGCCCGAUAUCUCAUUCUUCUCGGUUCUUCUGCCGCAGAACAUGCAGCCAACAGCCACCCAGAUGACCCCGUACCAACUCUCGCCGACAUCCUGCUCGCCCUCCAAGAUACGGGCGCUCUUAGACCGCAGAUGAAAGAAUUCGAAGAAGAUUGGCGAGGCGAGGAAGACACGCGAGGUCUCGAUGCCUUUAUGGCAUGGUUCACAGGGCCAGCGAAUCGCGAAAUCCGACGCAUUGCAGGAUACAUACCUAGCGAAGGCGACGUAGUUGACGCUGACUUGCUCGAAAAGGAAGAUUACCUGACAGUAUUGAAAAAGAAGCAUAGCAAGACAGGUGAGGAAUCUCGUUAUGCUGGCACCGUCCUGGGAAAAGACGCCGAGGAGCACCCUAUUGUUAUCGAAGGCGGGGCUGCGUCCAGUAUUGGGGAAUGGGCUUUGCAAGUAAAGACCCGCGAGCAAUAUGACUACUCGACGUCGUCGGCCAUAAGCAGUCUUCCGAGCAGUUUUUCUGAUGGAGAAUGA